CCACAUGUGUGUACUGGUUAAGGUUUUUAAGCGUUCUGAACGGCGGAUUGAAGCUGGUUGAAGUUGCUGAUGCUGCUUUGCACCCCAAAAACCGCUAACAAAAAGGGAGACCGAGGAAUUUGCAUAUAGUUACAUUGACUCUUCUUCACAGCAACAAUCUAAUCUUAUUUCUGAAAGUCGCAUUCUCAAAAAAAACGGCAUCUUCGUCUGAUUUAGCCUACUGCGGCUCGCAUCCUGCCACACUCUCCCUUCCAGCUCCAUCUAAGCAUCCAUAUUUUUUGUUCAUCCCUGUUUGGGGGUAUAGGGAGUGGCAACCUGAUAAAUCAACCGAUCCGCGGACCCCUCUCCUCUAGGAAAAAAACAAGUUCGCCGCUUUUUGGACACGUUCAUGCGUAAUUUGGAAAUUAAAAGCUAAAAUGGAGAGGUAUUGCCACCAUUCCGACUUCUAGUGCCUCAAACCGAAAGCCUUAAUCCCUGCACUUCUCCCUGUACAUGAUGAACAUGCUGAAGUCCAGUGGACUGAAGAUCCCUGGCAGGGGCCCAAAGCACUCCCCUGGCCCUGUGGGACGAACCUCUGCUGGGGGGUCCGCUUCCGGCACUGUGGGCCAGAAAGACAACUCCCCACACAAGCAGACCUCCCCACUCCCCAGCAGCAAUGCCUCAGAUAAGUCAAGCUCCAAAACAUCCGAGGUGGGAGACGACGUCCUUGGGGACUACGUGGUUGGCGAACGUGUCUGGGUCAACGGGGUCAAACUGGGCGUCAUUGCCUACCUGGGUGAGACCCAGUUCGCCCCAGGACAGUGGGCUGGGGUGGUCCUCAAUGACCUGUUGGGGAAAAAUGACGGCUCUGUGGGCGGCGUGCGCUACUUUGAGUGCCAGCCCCACCAGGGCAUCUUCACGCGCCCCUCCAAGCUCACCCGGCAACCGGUGGGCGACGGAAGCGAAGUCCACUCCACUGAUUCGCUGACAGCUCAGAACCUGACACUCCAUGGCGGCAAUGGCACUUCGCCUGCUGGUCAGCGUGUGGUUAUGCCACUCAGGGAGGGCAUGCUCAACAGCUCUGUGAAGACGGGUAACGAGUCAGGUUCCAACAUGUCCGACAGUGGCUCGGUCAAGAAAGGCGGGGAUAAGGACCUUCGAGUGGGAGACCGUGUGCUGGUGGGGGGCACCAAGACAGGAGUGGUGCGCUACGUGGGGGAGACUGACUUUGCCAAGGGUGAGUGGUGCGGCGUGGAGUUGGACGAGCCCCUGGGGAAGAACGACGGUGCAGUGGCUGGAACCAGGUACUUCCAGUGCCCGCCCAGGUUUGGCCUGUUUGCACCCAUCCACAAGGUGAUCCGCAUCGGCUUCCCCUCCACCAGCCCAGCCAAGGCCAAGAAGAGCAAGCGGAUGGCAAUGGGGGUGUCGUCGCUAGCCCACAGCCCCAGCAGUUCAUCUAUCAGCUCUGUUAGCUCUGUGGCUUCCUCGGUGGGCGGGCGGCCCAGCCGCACUGGCCUGCUCACGGAGACGUCGUCGCGCUAUGCCCGCAAGAUCUCUGGCACCACUGCGCUGCAGGAGGCACUGAAGGAGAAACAGCAGCACAUCGAGCAGCUGCUGGCCGAGCGGGACCUGGAGCGGGCCGAGGUGGCCAAGGCCACCAGCCACAUCUGUGAGGUAGAGAAGGAGCUCAACGCCCUCAAGGCCCAGCACCUGCAGUAUGUCACUGAGACGGAGAGCAACCUCCAUCAAGUCAAAACUCUGUUGGCCAGCACUCAGAAAGACAAAGUAGAGCUAGCCAAUCAGCUUGAAGAAGAGAAAAGGAAAGUGGAAGACCUUCAGUUCAGAGUGGAGGAGGAGUCCAUCACCAAAGGAGACCUUGAGGGAAGACGCAGACUUGAUGCGGCACCCUUGAGGUUGGAUAAAAGAACCAAGCAAAGCACAGUUGAGGAGAAGAGCCACGUAAUGCAGCUGGAGGAGGAGCUGGCCCUGCGGCAGGCCGAGAUCGAGGAGCUCCAGGUCCAGCUCAGGGACCCAGACUCUCACCCCAACACAGCCGAGGACGGGUACGCCACCCAGGGGCCGGUGGCCCAGUCGGAGACCUUCCUGCUCCGGGAGCAGCUCCUGACAGCGGGUCGGGAGCACCACAAGGAGAGCAGCCAGCUGAGGGAGAAGUAUGAGGCGGCAGUGGCGGCAGGCCAGGAGGAGACAAACAGACUAAAAGCCACGGUGGACAAACAGAAACAGGAGAUCAUCGAUUUGAAGCAGAGAGUCCAGCAGGCCACGACAGAGAACAUGGAGAUGAUGGACAACUGGAAGGUCAGGCUGGACACCCUGGUCAACGACCACCAGCGCUCUCUGGAGGACCUGAAGACCUCGCUAUCCAGCCAGAACGGCUCGGCCGAGGGCCAAGAGCAGGACCCUCAGGAGCUGAGGACCACCAUGGAAAGUCUGCGCAUGGAGCACCAGUUGGAGCUGGAGAACCUCAAGGCCAGGCACGAGAUCGAGGCGGCUGUGCUGGCCAAGGAACGUGAGGAUCUGCGCUCCCGCCUGCAGGACGCCAAGGACCAGCUGGGCGAGAGCAGCCAGAACGGGAAGAACCAGGCCCAGACGGAGGCCAGGAGCAACCAGCUGACCCUGGAGCUGAGAGAUGCCCGGGAGGAGCUCCAGAAGGCACAGCUGAGGGUGGGCGAGGUGGAGAGGCUGCAGGGAGAGAAAGACGGGGCCCAGGAUGAGCUCCGGGAGUGCCUUGAGCUGGCUGAGAAGAAGAUGGUAGAUUAUGAGGCCCUGCAGAAAGCUGAGGCCCAGAGUCGGGCCGAGCUCCACAGCCUGGAGGAAAAGCUGAGGGUGACUGAGAACCGACUGCAGGCGGUGCAGGAUGACCACCACAUGCCACAAGAUGCCAACGUUAUAGAAAAUAAUGACAUCUCAGAGGAGAAGAUUAAGCUAAAACAGAAUGUUGAAGAAACUAUGGAGAACCUGACGAAAAGAGAAAAAGAGGUCUCCACUCUCACGUCACAGUUUGAUGCCCUCAAAUCACAGAUAACUGCCUUGGAGGGCAAAGUUCGCUCAGGUGAGAAGAAGGCUGACACCCUGGUCAAGGAGAAGAUACGCCUGGAGGCCGACCUCGAGUCCAUGACCAAGAAGUCCCAUGAUGCAUCGGGACAGCUGGUCGUCAUUAGCCAGGAGUUACUGAAGAAGGAGAGGAGUCUUAACGAGCUGAGGGUGUUACUGCUGGACUCCCCUCGCCACUCGCUUGGCCUGGACCGAGACCUGAGCCGAGAGGUGCACAAGGCGGAAUGGAGGGUGAAGGAGCAGAAACUCCAGGAUGACAUCAAGACCCUGAGAGACAAACUGCUCCUGCUGGGCAGGGAGAGGGGCUCGUCCCCAGACCACCGGCGCUACUCUAUGCUGGACCCGUCGGCUCUGGACUCGGAGGUGACCCGUCUGCGCCAGCGGCUCCUGAGCACCGAGGAGGCCCUGAGGGGAGCCCUGGAGCACAACCAGGAAGUGGACCAGCUGGUGCAAGCCAUGCGCACGCACCCAGACAAGACCCAGGUGCAUGGUGGUGCAAAUUCAGCCAAUGGGAUUUAUCAACAGGAUUCUUCCUUUACUCAAGAUGAACAACACUAAUAUAGGAGAAGAAGAGCCCAUCUUGAAUUUGGGAAAUGCAUAGCUACAUUUUAAAAGAAAAAUAAGUCACUACGAUGUUAAGACUUGGGACUUGCACUCCAUUGGACUCCAGAUGCCAUUUUCUGUUUACAGUUACUACCAAAACAAUGACUACCAAAACAAUGACUCUCAAUAUGUACAUUUCAUCUGUUGCAAAAAAUAAAAUCACCCAUUAGCCAAUCUUAAGACAGAUCAAAGAUACUGUAAAAUGGACAUGGAGGUGAAUAAUAAAUCGGUACGACCUUUGUAAACUGAUACCUACCCUGCAGACUACCUCCAAGGAUGGUAUUGGACAUGGGAGAACCUUUUAUGGUAGUUUAUUAGAGAUCAUGACCCUACAACUCAUGAGAAACUCUUUUGUGAAUUACUAAUUGUGACUCCAGAGAAUGGAAUGACUCUGGUGUCUGAUUGAAAGCAAAGAAGAAGAAUUUGGCCUCAAUCCACCACUUUUUGUUAUUUAUUUGCCACACUGCUUUUGAACCUUCUUAGAGUACUGUAGCUGAUUUGAUUUGGCCAUUUACGUUCAGAACAAUUUUCUCAAGCUCCUCUAUGUUCAAGGACUCUUGCUCUGUAGCGAACGUGAAUGAAACGGUUAUGCUGCUGGAUUUUGGCUGAUGUUGUAAAAUAGCUGCAUUAUCAGAAUUGUGCAUACUGUAAACGUGUAUUUAGCCAACUGAACCAAUCCAACUCGGCGCCAUAUUUGCACCAAAUAGCUAUCAGUUUAAUGGUUUACUAAUUUGAACUGAGUUAUCCAUUAAUUUCACUAUGGCUUCACUAGAUAGUGGGAAACCGUACCACUUUGUAGUGUUUCCGUAAACAGGGGUUUAAAAAAAUACCAGUAUUAACUUCUUAUUGUUGAUCAUUUAUCUAAAGACAUUUGACCAUGCCAUGGGAUCACUUUGUCCUUUGAUUAGAGUAGGCCACUCGAGGGCUAUUUGGAGCACAAACCAAACAAUGGAAUGUUCUAGGAUGUAUCCCAAAUGGCACCCUGUUCCCAAUAUAGUGCACUACUUCUGACCAGAGCCCUAUGGACCCUGGUCAAAAGUAGUGAAAUAUAUAGGAAAUAUAGUGCCAUUUAUGACACAACCCUACUGUAACUGCUCCCUCCCUUGGUUGAAGAACACACAUCUGGAUGACGUUUAAACAAAUCCUAAUCAUAACGUACAGAAUUGAUACAUUAUGGUCUUCCAAAUGAUAUUAUCUCCAUUUAACAAGCCAACAGGGAAAUACUAAGUGUAGUCCAUUACUGUAUUUACGGGAUAUUGGUUGACAUUCUGGUUAUGUCUCAAAUGGCACCCUAUUCCUUAUAUAGUGCACUACUUUUUGGCACUGAUCAAAAGUAGUGCACAAUAUAGGGAAUAGCGUGCGAUUUGAAAUGCAGACUGUCUUUGGGAGAACAUUAUCUUGAUGUGAGUAAUGUGGAAUGUGAGACUUGGGAUUGACAUUGCAUGGCCAAAGUGUUGGGCUGGCCCUCGCUCAGCGAAACUGAAGCUACAAACUGUCAUUGGAAAAUGUAUAUUGCCUUUUUUCAGAUGGGAAACACUUCAUACCCUUUAUUGCUGUAAUGAUUUCUGAGAUCGAGUCAUUAAAUAUUAAC